GCAAGGAAUGGAGAGGCACAGUCUCUGUUCCUGGUGGGGAGGUAUUAAGGGUUGCGCAACCCGGAAGUGAGCGGGAGAAAGAGCUGGAGGUGCUGUGCAGGGAGGUGCGAUCCUCUCACCUAGAGGUAUGGAAGGUCGAAGUGUGCACCUCAGGGAGUCGGAAAGGAGGCCGCAGCUCUCACAGUAAAAGCCGCCAGUCUAGGAAAUAUGGCUGCCCUGGACUUUUUGAUUAGUUUUGAAAACCUACGGGAACUGCGGAGGCUCUGCCACUGGGGCCCCAUCAUCGCCCUGGGAGUCAUCAUCAUCUGCUCUAUUGUGGCAGUCUUAGACUCCGUCCUGUGGUACUGGCCCCUCGAUACCCCAGGGGGAAGCCUUAACUUCUUGACGCUUAUUAACUGGACUGUUAUGAUUCUGUACAAUUAUUUCAAUGCAAUGUUCAUUGGACCUGGGUUUGUUCCUCUGGGAUGGAAACCGGAAAGAGCCGAGGACUGCAACUUUCUCCAAUAUUGCAAGGUGUGCGAGGGAUAUAAAGCACCGCGCUCCCAUCACUGCCGAAAAUGUAACAGGUGUGUGAUGAAGAUGGAUCAUCAUUGUCCCUGGAUCAAUAACUGUUGUGGCCAUCGCAAUCACUCAUCGUUCACCCUGUUCCUGAUCCUGGCCCCUUUGGGCUGUAUUCAUGCUUCUUACAUCUUCGUCAUGACUAUGUACACUCAGCUCUACAACAGGAUAUCAUUCGGUUGGAACUCUGUAAAGAUCGAUAUGAGUGUUUCGCGGCUGGAGCCGGCUCCCAUCGUACCUUUUGGUAUUUCUGCCUUUGCAGUGACACUCUUUGCCUUAGGACUGGCGCUCGGUACUACCAUUGCGGUUGGGAUGCUCUUUUGCAUCCAGAUGAAAGUGAUUUUGCGGAAUAAAACCUCCAUUGAAGCUUGGAUAGAAGAGAAGGCUAAGGACAGGAUUCAGUAUUACCAGACUGGAGAGAAAUUUAUUUUCCCCUACGACCUGGGCAGCCGAUGGCGGAACUUCCGCCAGGUCUUUACCUGGUCUGGCUCUCCAAAGGGGGACGGCGUGGUGUGGUCACUGCAGGAAGGCUGUCGUCCAUACGAUUUGACGGUGGAGCAGCUUAAACAGAAGGCCGAUAAACGAGUGCGCAGUGUACGGUACAGAGCUGUGGAGGACUACAGCGGUGCAUGCUGCCCUAUAACCAAAGGUAUUCGAACCUUCUUCACCACCCCCUGCUCAGAGGAGCCACGGAUGAAGUUGAAGAAAGGAGAACUUAUCUUGGCCACUCGAGGCUUGAGGCACUGGAUGUAUGGCGACAAAAUCUUUGAGGGUGACGAAUGUCCACAAGAUGGACAGAGGAUUCGGGGCUGGUUCCCCAGAAGAUGUGUUGUGAAACAUGUUUCUGAUACAGGCUCUGACCAAUCGGACGACGAGAAGAAAACAAGAUAGCCCCAGCAGACACUCACUUUUGACUCGUCUCCACCAAUUGUUUGGUAUUUUUAAGGCAGUAAAUCCAAGUUAUAUCCUGGCUCAUAAAAAAAAGUUCUCAACAGAAUUUACAAAUGUAUAUGUCGUGAUGAUCAAAGCUGUGCAAGUACAAAAGGUGUGAUCCUAUGGGGAGAUUCAUUACAUGGCCAAAUGUUUGUGGACACCUGACCCUCGCACCUAAAUUAGGUUGUUUCACAUCCCAUUCCAAAAUCCUGGCCAAUAAAGCAGAACAUUACCCAUAACUUGAUAAAUGUUUUUAACAAGGAAAAUACAUUCCACAUUAUUUAUUAUGCUACCAAAAUUUGUGUGGGCUGCAAAUUUCACUAUAUGGUUAAUACUAAUAUCAAUCAUAUAAGGAACUUUUGGGUGGGGUAUCACUGCAGCUGCAUUCAUUUGGGUUUAUGUAAUAAUUAAAAAAAAUAGUUUUGUGCUUUUUUUUUUUUUUUUUUGGUGCAAUUUGUUAUAUUUAAAGCGGGUGUAGGGAUAUAUUCUGAAUAAUUUUUUAUUUAUUUUUUGUGUGCUGUAAAUUGCCUCCAGCAUCGUUCCGGUUUCUUCUUGCUAGAGGCUGCCAUUUUUCUGAAGCCCAGAGCCCCUGAGCAGCAGUGAGACUUUAAGCUGUCAGUUGAUCAGCUUCUACAUUUAUGCCAGUGCCGAAAAAUAGAGCGCAACUGAGCAUUUGCAGAGCAGGGCAAGACAGUGUAUUACUGGAUUUUAAACAGUCUAUGCAUUGUUUUUUUUUUAUCUUCUACAUAGCGAUGCCGGCAGUGAUGUAGCAGGACUUCAAGUUCCACUUUAAUAUGGAGUGGCCCCAUCUUUUCCCCCUUAAUGGCUAUAACAACAUUCAGGUUUAUGGGAAGGCCUUGCAUGAGAUUGUGGAGUCUGUCUGUAAAAAGCUUGUGCCCAUUUAGCCAAAAGAUCAUUGCCCCUUAAUGGAUGAGAGAGGCUCAGAAUCGCCAUUCAUAUUCAUCCCAAAGGUGUUCAGUAGAGUUGAGGUUGUGGGACUAUGCAGGUCUCUUGCAUUCCUCCACAUCAAACUGGUCAAACCAUGUCUUUAUGGAGCUGGCUUUGUACAAAGGGGCACAGUCAUGCUGGAGGUGAAAGUCUUCCCCAAAUUGUUGCCACAGGGUUGGAAAUAUCUUUGUAUGGUGUAUAAUUAACUGUACCCUUCAUUAGAGACACCUGAACUUAGUCAUUUUGAGGUGGGCACAUCAUUUUGACUAGGUAGGUGUAAUGGUCAGAUGUCCACAUCUUUUGGCAUCAUGGUGUAUUUUCUGACCCAUAGUUGGCUUCCUGUCAUGUUGGAAGAGCACUGCAGUCAGCCUUUUCUUAAGGCUAGCACACACCACAAUUUUUUUUUUCUUUUUCAUGCAAACUGACAUAUCCGGUUGGGGCCGCUGUACUAACAAUCCAAAUUUAGUACAGUGAUCUCCUCUGCUGUGCUAUUGUAUUCUGACGGGGGGGGCACCCCCCGCUAGAACGCUCAGGUCAGCGCUCUCGGCCAAUAGCUCAGAGCGCUGACCGUGAGCCGCUCAGCAGACCUUUUUCGAUCAUGAGCCUGUCGCACCAGCUGCCAUACACACGGGCCAAAUGUUGGACGGUUUCUGUUGGACUGGCUACCAUACACAAUUUCUAAUGUACAAUGCACAGUGUGCAGUCAAAUCAGAGUAAGCAAUUUCACACAGGAGAGGAACCUGUAUGACAUUGCAAGACUAAAGACUUUAACAUUAAGCAGGGCAGCCAGGCAUUGCUUUCUUCUUCCUUUUAAAAAAAUAAUAAUAAGAUGUCGGCAAUGGCAGAACUCUACAAGCUUUGUAGAGGGAUUAGAACUUUUUCCAUAUACAUCUGUAAAUCUUGCAGCUGUGAUUUAAGUUUACCGACACUAUAAAGUGUUAUCCAACCAAUACAAGAAUGCCAGGACUGUA